CAGUAAAUCCCUCAACAUCAAACUAAACACACGAAAAAAACCAAAGAAAAAGCGAAAAAAAAGGCAACCAUAUUACAUUUUCAUUGAUCAGAAAGAGAAAAUAUGGCAUCAACAGAAGGAAGAGAGGGAAAGACAGCAGGCGAACCCAUGUCAAUGAAGCAGCAUGUUAUUGAGAAAGGGGCGGAGAUGAUGCAAUCUUUUAAGCCUAUCAAGCAGUUCCACAAGCAUAUGUGCACGUUUGCUCUUUAUAGUCAUGACAUGGACCGUCAGAUUGAGACUCAUCACUUUGUUCAUCGUCUCAAUCAAGACUUCUGCCAGUGUGCUGUUUAUGACACCGAUAAUCGGAGUGGCCGUCUUAUCGGUGUUGAGUAUAUCAUCUCCGACCGCCUUUUCGAGGCACUCCCCCUUGAAGAGCAGAAGCUUUGGCACUCCCAUUACUUUGAGAUAAAAUCGGGGUUGAUGAUGACUCCUCGGGUCCCGGAAGCAAUGGCUAAGCCGGAUCUCGACAGGUUAGCCAAGACAUAUGGGAAGUUUUGGUGCACUUGGCAAACUGAUCGAGGUGACCUACUUCCGGUGGGAGAACCAGCUCUAAUGAUGUCCCCACAAGGGGAGCUUCCAGGGAUGGUGAAGCCAUCUCUUGUACAACAAAGAGAUGAAAAAUACGGUGUAUCAACCGCAAAACUCGGUGAUCUAAGGGUGGAUAUAACUGGCCCGACUUUUGUAAACCCAAAUGCAGAUUACUGGAUUAAGCACAAAAAGGGGUUUGCUAUUGAUGUUGUUACUGCUGAAAUGAAGAAACUUGCCCCAUUUCCUUAGUUCUUCUCGCAGUGUGCAUUGUGCGUAGUGUCCCCUGUAGAUAUAUGACGUCCUUGUAUGUCCACAAAAAGUAAAUUUACCUAGCUAAUAGUUAUAGUUAUGCUACUAUUACUACCUGAACUUGUUUUUUUCGGUUUAAUUUGGUGUUGUUUGGCUUGGUUUUACAAAUUUAUUUAUCUCGGUGUAAAGGACUAUUUUACGUAGUGUUUUGUAAUUUGUAUAAUGCAAAUCUGUAUCUGCAUCACAAGGGAUAGGGACUAAGAAUACACGUGUGUGUUACGAGUUUGCAAUUUAAUUCAAAGCAGUUUGUUUUGACGAAA